GCUACUUCGAGUCCGAUUUGCUAGUCGGGACCUCAUUCAGCCUCAGCAGCCACAUUCGGGGUUUUGUCAGUUCUUAGGAUUUUUAUCGAAAAUUUAUUUUAUCUGCGUUUUUACCAUCGAAAAUGGGUAUCGACAUUGUCCAUAAGAACGACCGGAAGGCUGUGCGUAAAGCCCCGCGGACCGAUGAUGUCUACAUUCGUCUCCUCGUUAAGCUGUACCGUUUCUUGGCCCGCCGCACAGAAGCCAAAUUCAAUCAGAUCAUCCUGAAGCGGCUGUGUAUGUCGCGCACGAACCGACCGCCGCUCUCGCUGUCGAAACUGGUUUCUUCCAUGAAACGAAUCGGUCGUCAAGAAAAGAUCGCGGUUGUGGUGGGGACCAUCACGGACGACGUGAGGAUCCACGAGAUCCCUAAACUGCGCGUCUGCGCUCUCAAAGUCACGGAGCGAGCACGCGCCCGCAUCCUCAAAGCGGGCGGCGAGAUCAUCACCUUCGAUCAGCUGGCCACGAAGUCUCCCCGAGGAGAAAACACACAGCUUCUGCAAGGCGCGCGUCACUCCCGUGAAGCGUACAAGCAUUUCGGUCUGGCACCUGGUGUCCCGAAAUCCCAUGCAAAGCCCUAUACCAUCAGCAAAGGGCGAAAAUUCGAACGGGCUCGUGGUCGUCGCAAGACUUGUGGAUUCAAAGUUUAAUACCGUGUUUUUACUGUUUUCUUUACGGGUCAUGGAUAUUUGUCGAAUUGUGCAACGGAGACGAGCUAACUGAUUAAAAGUCAUCACUUUG